AUAUCCCACAUCACGAUGUUAAGACCUUCCUUCCUUCUAGCAUUUCGAUCUCUAGCCCUCGAGACACCGCGACCAUGCAUCCGCUGCGCAUUCCAUCCCCACCGCGCCGCCCCACGCGUCACAUCCAACCUCCGACUCUUUUCCUCACGCCCACGGCUACAAACCUCAGAAGAGAGCUCCCAAGAUGACGACGGCUUCGUCCCCCGCGCCCUCGGCCGCCCAAUCGGCUUCCACUACCCUCCCCGCCCAGGCGAAAACACCGGCUACGACAGCCGCAACCUACGGCAGCGCAAAAAGGACUUCACAAACUACGACCGCCAUAUCGAGAAGCGCAAGCAAUUAACCGCGAAAAUAGCCAAGCCCUACUUCCGCGACUUCACCAUGACAAAGUAUCGCGAGGGCAAAUCCUUCCUCGCGAACCCCAAGAUUUUCAAAAGCUCUGCGGCGCUCUACUUCCCGAACCUGCACGGCAAAACCCUGGCGUCUGCCUCGCCAACCGAUACGACGCCGGUGCUGAAGGGGAAGGUGUCGAUUGUCAGUGUGUGGUCGAGCUUGUGGGGGGAGAACCAGGUGAAGACGUUUACCGGGGUGGACCAAAAUCCGGGGUUGCAGGAGUUCUUGAAAAAGAAUAAGGAGCAGGCUCAGAGGGUCGAUGUGCAUAUCGAGGAGAAUCUCGCGAAGGCGUGGUUGGUGAGCUUGUUCCAAAAUCGAUUGAGGAAGCAGCGGGCGGAGGAGGAUUGGGGGAAGUAUUUCAUUGUGAGGAAGGGCAUUGAUGAGUCGAUAAGGGAGACUAUUGGGAUAUUGAACGGGAGGGUGGGGUAUGUGUAUCUUCUGGAUGAAGAGUGUAAGAUCCGUUGGGCGGCGAGUGGGAAUGCCGAGGAGGGGGAGCCGGAGACUAUGAUGAAGGGGCUUCAGAAGCUGGUGGAUAGCGUCCCAGUGCUAAAUGGCGGGGCGUCAAAAGUGGAUGGGAAGGUGAAGGCUGUAGCUGCAACUGCUGCAGUAUAGAGGCUGCUGUGUAUUUGUCCAUUCAAGCUGGCCAAUGUAAGAAGAAAUGUAAUAGUACAAUUUGAACGAUGCUGCUUCAACAGUUGCGCAUGUCCUGCACCAUGCAAACCCAACAAAUGUG